AUGGAGAAGCUGAUGGUGUGUUUGACAGUAAAGGAGAUACCAUCCUGUUGCUGCUGCUGCUGCUUGGCGGCUGCUAUGGUAUUCAGAUUGCAUGACGCAGGCCCUGAGCUACUCAGAGGGGUCCUUCUGGAGCGGGGAUGGGAAGAAUACCAUGACAGGCGAUGGGAGCAGGAAGACUGGAACUUCCACUGCAUGGCGGUGCUCUAAGUUCCCCAGCUUGAUCUGAUGCCUUGGCAGCGCCUCAAUCACCAUCCCCAAAUUGUUGGCGUCACACGAAAGGACCACCUGGAGCGUAACCUGAAGAGAAUGAGAGCAACUUUCGGAUCGUCACUCUAUGAUUUCAGUCCAAUAGCCUUCAUCCUCCCCGGCGACUUCACUUGCUUCCUGGCUGAGUACUACAAGAGUCUCAGAGGAAGGCCUUCUUGCUACUGGAUCUGUAAGCCAGUGGACCUAUCCAGAGGCAGAGGGAUUUAUCUCCUGUACGACUGCGCGGUGGUUGUGCAGAAGUACAUGAGCGAGCCUCUGCUAAUCUCGGGCUACAAGUUUGACCUGAGGAUUUAUGUGUGCGUAAAGAGCUUCCAUCCACUCACCGUGUACAUCUACCAGGAGGGACUGGUGCGCUUUUCCACAGAGAAGUAGACACUGUCCUCCCUGAGUAACCCCUAUGUCCAACUCACCUACUCCAGCAUCAACAAGCUGGGACCCUUCUACCACGCCCCCAAGGAGCGGGUGGGCCGAGGCUGCAAGUGGACCCAGGGUAAGUUCCGCCACUUCCUCCACAGUCAGGAUGUCAACGAGCUUCUCCUCUGGCAGAGGAUCAACAAUAUCAUCACCCUUACUCUGCUUACUAUCGCCAACUCUGGCCCCGCGUGCCACAACUGCGCGCAACUGCUGAGCUUUGAUAUCCUGCUGGAUGUCAGCUUCAAACCCUGGCUUCUGGAGGUCAACAACAAACCCUCACUAACACCCGACUGUAUGACUGACCUGGCAGUGAAGAAGAAGCUCCUAGGAGACCUUACUGACUUGAUGAGCUACACCUGCGCGGACCACCUGAGGGACCAAGCCCACGCUCAAGGACGAUCAGGAGCGUGUCUGAGGUUACACAAGGCCAAGCUGAGGGGGCAGUUGGCUCGGCACACAACAUUAAACAGUAUUGAAGACCCACAAGUGAUAAAGACGCAUAUAGGUGAUAAGACUUUUGAAAAUGUGGCCAAAUACAAUGUGCCUAAAAGGUGA